AAAACGCAACGAAAAAUAUUUUGGCGGGAAUUUAAGCGUGGCUUCCAACCAACUUCUCCAAGAUUCGUUUAAUAGUUUACAUUUGCUAAAAGUUUCUUUUCAUUUGUUAUUUGCAUGAGUGAUUAAUAUUCUUGUAAUACAAAAAUGUUUUAUCCCGUUGAUUCAUUGAAACGAGGUGGCAGAUUCUAUUUGUGUUGGGUCGCAGAUUCGUGGCCUUUGCGAUUUGCAACUAUUACUCAGAGACAACUUUGGUCUCAGGAUAUUCGAAAAAUAUGCGAUGAUUUGCUAGAAGUAAUGACUAACGAGUCGGGUCGUCCGAGCAGAAGAUUUUCUCUUCGUUUAAGUUCUCAACUACUUCGAGGAUUAGUAAGAUUAUAUCAACGAAAAGUUACUAUAUUUUUGGGUGACCUAUGCAUGAUCAAUGCUAAUGUGAUAAAAAAUUCAAACAAAAAAUGGAAUAUCCAUGAGGUGGAAAUAGUAGAAGAAGUGAGGCGGCCACAGCUGCAGCAGCUUGACAUUCAAGAGAUAAUUCAAGAACCACCUGAAAAUGAACAGAGGAUUGAGGAAAUGAUACAGAGAAGUGGCAAUGUUGUCUCAAAUAUUGCUGACAUCACAUUGAAAGAAGCUGCUAUUGGUGAAGUGAUCCCACCAAAUGACGGUUUCGGUGAAGAACGCCUGGAUCCCCUUCAAUUGCUUCAAGACCGCACCAUCGAGAUGAUGUUGGUGCAGCCAGACAUAUCGACGGCGCACAGCGGCUUGGACAUCGCACUCGACGUGACCGACAAGUCGCACGACAAAUCGCGACUUUUGCUCGAACCAGCGCACGCACAGAUGGAAAGAAUCUCCGAGCAUGAUCUCACGAUGUUCAGAAAAUCUGCGGGAGAACUAAUGCCUGAAUUCGAAAAAGACAUUCCUGAAAUACCUGAAAUCCCGAAUCCCGAAAUGCCUGUUCCUGAACCAGCUAAGCCUCAAGAAGAACCAAGGGCGGAGAUUAGAGAACUUAGUAACAUCGUCGAACCCGAACAACAAAAAGCACAAGAACCUGUGCUGGACAAUGAACUAGAGGAAUUAGAAGAGCUGGAACCGCUAGCAAAACGUCGUAAGAUCCGAAAAUUAAUAAUAGACAAGAAGACGAAGAUAAGUUCUAAUCACUUCCGAGCUAGGAUUGAAAAUCCUUUGGUAGAGUUGCGAUGCGAGGACAGUUCAGACGACAUAAUAUUGAUAAGAGUACCCGUGGAAGAAUACUUUCGGCGUCCGUGUCAAGGCGGUAACAAAAUUAUAUCAAAUUUUGGGUACACUAUUUCGGUACUUUUUGGACGCAACCUUGGAAUAGUCCCGGGUGUACCCCUUGCUGAAAGAGAAAUGGAGCAAGCUGAGGCCGUAAGGAGACGUCGUACUACAAAGAGAACGAUGCUAGGCAUUAUAGAAGAAGAACAAGAGGUCCCUGUUGUUCAAGAAAGGCCUGAAGUACAAGUGGAACCACUCAUGCCUGAAGCGAAUGUGACCGACGGAAUGUUGAAUAUUUCUGAACCACCACGUGUAAGCGCACAAAUUGACAUUGACAUCGCAGAUUUACCCACACAAAAGGUAGAGACGUUAUCGCAAGCACGCAAAAGGACGGCAGGACCAGAAAUGUUUGGAAGCCCAAAACAUCAACGUUCCAUGGGUUACAAAUCAUUCCGGGAAAGCCAGUUGGCUAAAGAUUUAGCAGAUAUUAACGCAGAGGUAGAGACAAACAAGGAAAAUGUACCAGCAAAUAUCAUGGCGCCAGUACCACAACCUCCUCAAGAUGCUGAAUUGAUACUGUCCUCAAAGUUACAAGAGGCUGGCCUGGCGGAUAUUCCACAACAACCUAUAGUAGUGGAGGUCGAGGUGCACUCUCAAAUUCAACGACCGACUGCUUCACAAGGAAGAGCUCGUGUGACUGGGAGUGAACGGUCUGAAACUCCUUUAGGCAGUCUCGACAGGACGAAGGUAUCGCUGGGCGAUUCAGAACAGACUACAGACUCGAAAAGAUUUAUACGUGAUCAAUGGGGCACAGAGGGAACCAUGAUCAAAAUAAUGAAACACAUUAAGGCAAACCUUCAACCAGUGACGGUGAAGAGUCUCCUUGAUAAAGGUCCCGUUAUAUCUGGUUACCAAGGUGUCAUAGCUGCGCGAUGCUUUACUUCUAUACUCAAACUAAAACAACAUGGCUUCGUUAGCGUUACCAAGAAUCCGGAUACACUGGAGAUAAUUGAUAUUACUCUAGGACCAAAAUUGACCAGUUCAAGUGAUUGAUUCUAAGUCAAUAAUUUGUAAUUUCGUUGAUAUGUUCAGUAUUUAUUGUAAUACGAUUUAUUGAUUAGUGGUAAUAAAAUAAUUAUAAGUUA